GAGACCGAUCAUGGAUGGAGGAGGGCGAUUCGCUGAGGCAGCAGCUAUGGGGGGUUGAGGGGACGUGAUCCCUUGGAGGACCGGGAGGAUAGCAGGGACGCCUCUCGCCACAUUGCCCCUCCUCACUCACACUCCUCAAGCGCCUGGGGUCCGAGGCCUGAGCAUGGAUAGGCAAGAUGUUUAGAGCCGUGAAUUGGUUUUGAAGUUUCCUACUGUCACUGGCAGGCGAAGCUUGUGAAGGGGGCUGUCUAUGUUGUGGGUGCCUACGAUUGGUUGAGCGGAAGUAAAGUUAAUUCCAUUUCCAAAAGUCCACCGUAUUUCUUGAGAAGCAGGAGAUUCUGAUACUGAUCGUGUCUUAAAUAUUAACGUACUUCGCAAAUGAUGUAGCUUAUUCAGGCCGCUGUGCUCAUGUGAAUCACCAAGUAUAUCGGAGCUUCCAUGUCUUUUCUGGACUGUUCCUGCAUUUCACAGACAGAAAUAGAACCAAUUGAUGCUGGGAACCAGGUAGAUGGUAAAGAUCAUCGUUGUCCGAAAAAUGGAUUUUACUCAUGUUCCCAGAGAUCCCAGCAAGAAGAUAAGAUGGUAUACACAACCAGUGCCAGUCACUAUGAGCUUUUAUGUGAACUAGGAAAGAGUUUUAGUAAUUUAACCACAGUGAACCUGGCCAAGCACAUCCCAUCUGGAAACAUGGUGGUUGUCAAACGCACAAAUAUGGACACCUGUUCUGAAGAAAACCUGUCCUCUUUGCAGAAUGAGCUGCUUAUCUGGCAGUUUCUCCGGCACCCAAACAUCCUGCCACACCCAGCCGUCUUUGCAGAAGGUAGUGAGCUAUGGGUCAUCCUAGCAUUCACCGCCUACGGUUCUGCCAGCAGCCUGCUAAAGUUGUAUUUUACUGAAGGCAUGAGUGAAAGUUUAAUGGCACAUAUUUUUUAUGGAGUCCUGAAGGCAUUGGAUUAUAUUCACCAAAUGGGAUGCAUUCACAGGAGUGUUAGACCAAGCCAUAUACUUAUUUCUGGGGAGGGACAUAUUUAUCUCUCUGGUCUGCAUGGUCUCUGCAGCAUGAUCAGUGAUGGACAAAGGCUAAGAGUUGUAUAUGAUUUUCCAGAAUUCAGUGCUUCUGUUCUGCCUUGGUUAAGCCCAGAAGUUCUCCAACAGGAUUUGCAUGGAUACGAUACAAAGUCUGACAUCUACAGCCUUGGGAUCACAGCAUGUGAGCUGGCCAGUGGCCAGAUUCCUUUUCAGAAUACUCCGCCUACACAGAUGCUGCUCCAGAAGUUGAAGCAGUCAUUAUGUCUGCUGGACUUCAGUUUUCCACAAAAAGAACUCAUGAUAAAAAACUUCCGCUCAGGAAUGGAUUCUGGGAUCGGGGAGAGUAUGGCCAUUUACCGCAUGAUGAGGACAAGUCGAAGUGAACAGUCUCCGAGUUCAGCAAAGAAAACUUUCUCUGCAGCUUUUCACAGUUUUGUAGAACUUUGUCUACAGAGAGAGCCUGGAAAUCGACCAUCAGCAAGCAUGUUGCUAUCCCACCCCUUCUUUAAACAGGUGAAAAAGCAGACCAAGGCGUCCCUGAUCAAUCUGCUUCAGCCAGCCGUGCCACUUUCUGGCUCUUGGGCCACAGUGGGGACAUCCGGGUCAAAAGGAGACAGACCGAUCAAUCCCGUACAAGACUUAGAUGGUGACUGGGAAUUUUAACUUGGUUCUUUUACCCAUUUAUCUCUUCUUAUGACAAGCAUAAUGGUUUUGAAUAAGUUUCACCUUGUGUUUGCUGUCCAUUAAGGUUACUGAAGACAAGCCACCUGUUAAAAUUAGACUUUUGUUAUUGCUGCUUGUGCUGAUAUAUGGGAAUCUUGAUCUGUGUUGUAAAUCUAGAUCAGGGAUUUAUCCAUAUUGAUCCUGAACUUGUGCACAAAGUGCACUUGCAUUUACAAAUGAUGCAUUUUCUGCUCCAGUAUUGGAUUAUUGCUUUAAAAAUAAUUUGAAAAUUUAUUAUCUGUAGUUGCCCAAGAUACUCAAAAUGGCAGAAUGUACAAGCACAAUUAUAUUUUUGUACAGGUCUCUACUUUGUAUGCAUAAAUAUACAGCCAACCUUUAUUUCAUCUGAUUUUUAGUAUCUUUCAUAAAGUUGAGAGGUUUGAACUUCAAGAUCGCCCUGCAGUUUGUCCUUAAUUUUGCGGUGGGAUGAUAUUGGGCUGAGGCAGAGGGAACAAAGCUGAGAUAGAGGAAUGAGUAUCCAAGUAGAAAUAUGAAAGAAGGAAAAGUGGCAGAUGGGUUCUGCAAGACAUUCUCAUCUCAUUGCUUAGGGAAAAAUGGGCAGGAUCAGCUGGGAGCCAUUCUAAUAAAACUUGUGAGUUUUAUUAGAUGAUAAUCAGAUGAGCAAGAGAUUAGGAUUUAUGUUCUAUUUAUUUCCAUUUAGUUUGAAGGGAUCCAAACCCUAUACAUGAAAACACUAUUGAUACUAAUUCUUAGUAGUUCCCUUAACUGGUGUCUGAUGUAAGAUAAUGCAAUUGAUUCUAAAACUUUAUUUUGGUGAUCUAAUGUGCCAUGUCCCUUUUUAACACAGUCUGACUAAGUGGAUUAUUCAGGUAAGACUAAAUACUUCUAGAUUUUCAUAAUCAGCAUAUUUAAAUUGAUUUUCUUGAUUCUAUAACUAUGCCCCACCCUAUCUACUUUUAUAAUGUGACAUGCAGAAAUAUAUCAUGAAACCAAUAGGACUUUUUUUUUAAAAAGCACUUGAUCAGAUUGUGUAGACAAAACUCUUGUGAUCGUCCACUAGGAAUCUGAAAAAGAUGCAACCAAAGGGAGUAUUUUCUAAUGAGUUAGAUUAGCAGAUGUUUAGUGGGAGAGGAAAUAUACGUUUCAUGUACAUCAAACGUACUAAAUAUAUUUUAAAUAGUAUUAUAAUAUUGGCUUUUAUCUCGGGCUGGGAUAUAAAAAUGAGCUUCAAAUAUACAGUGUUCUGAGGCGACAUUUAAAAUGCUGUUCACCUUUGACCAGUGGACUUAAUUGCAUCUUGGAAAAGUCCAAUGCAGGUUCACUGUAAUGUUACUAUGGCUAGAAUUCCAUAGGCUUGGGUUGUAUUAACUAAAAAAUAUAGCUAUAUAAAAUAUUUAAAAGUGACAUGUUGCAUUAAGUGCUUCUCCAGUCACGCUACUGUAAUUUUUUUAGCAGUCAAUAGAGCAGACUUGCAAUUCCUUUGGUAAAUAAAAGCAAUUAAAUAGUUUGCAUUAUUAUAGAUCACUUAAGUUUAAAUAUAAUUGAACUCUACCAACCAGUGUCUCAAUUUACUGUAUAGUUACGCAGAUGAGCUCACAUUUAUAAAUAAUCCAUAUUAUUUGGAUAAUGUCCAUAUCCAAUAGGAAAUUCAGUUUGUGGUGGGUGAAAAUAUCUGUUUAUUUUUUAAAGUGGAAUGGAAGCAAUUAGAUAUUUUGUUUUCCUGUUUUUGGUGAAGCUGAAGCCUGAGCAUAGGAGUAGUUUCCCUUUAGACCUGGCUUUUUGAGGAGCCGUCAGGAAUAAACUGGCUUUGCUCUUUUUCCACUUAAAAUUAUGAAGCUACUUUCGUAUCAAACUACCAACAUAACAACAGGGUGUAAGUGCCAUUUAUUUCCAUUUUGUUCAGUGGGAUGCAAUGUCUAAUCCUUUAUACACUAUGUUAUACCAGUUUCCAUAGCUAGUAUCUGAUGUGAAAUGAUGCUGCUGAGAUGCACUGGGACACAUCAUCAGUGAUGUAACCUGGGGUCACUGGGUGUUUUGGGUCCUUCAACAGCAGACAUCCUUGCCCAGGCGACCCAGCCAGGGUCGAUCAGGCCCCGGCUUGUGUCCCGGCAGCAUUGGUCCACGGGUCUCACUUACUGAUCCAUAACCAUCUGGAGGCUCGCUCAGCAGCCUCUGUGGUGGUCCUGGUGGUUCUUUUCUUUCCAGCUCCCACAAUGCCAAGGUGAGAGUAGGUUCUGCAGAGUGUGCAACUGGCAAAAUCUCACAUUGUGCCCUUCACCCGUUUAUGGCACAGCUCAACCAGCUCCUGGUAUUUGUUUUUCUUACACUUGAAUGCCUCCUAAAUCUAAUUAGACAUGGUUAUCACAUCAUUGAAAAUAUGGUAGUGAAUAUAUGAACAGCAUGAUUUCCUUAUUACACGUAUAUCCAGUAUUGCUUUCAAGAGAGUUUGGGGGAAGGAAGAAAAAUGAAUUUAAUGAAAGGUAUGUCUAAUACCUAAGAAUUUAUUUUGUCUUAAUUCUAAAAAAUCUACUUAGUACUUUCAUUGUGUGUGAUGAAUAUUGUAUGAGACAUGGUUUUGCUGUGAUUGAAGAUGCGAUCAAAAUCUGUACUAUAGCUAAUAUAUUCAGCAUCUCAGAACUUAUCCUGACCAAAGGGAAUGUGUGGGAUGGCACUGUGAUUGUGCACGUGCAGAGGAAUUGAUUCUUUUUUUUUUUGUCCAUUUAAAGCUUGUUAUAAUGCUAUUUAUGGAGACUGCUCUGUAGACUUGAAGUUCCAGAUGAGCUAAUAUUGAUCCUGUUGGAAAACAACAGGUGUAUUCAUUCAGGUUUGAAAGUGUCUAAUCCAGGCCAGCUCUGAGCACUUUCCUUUCUGUAAGAGGUCAGAAUUCACUAAAGGAAAAAAUAUUUCAUACCCUCACCAAAAGCAACCAAAUCUUCAGAAAUAUUGAUAAAUGGGCCAUAAUUCCAAAUGCUGAAGGAAACAUCUCUCUACAUCACUGAGGCAAAGAACAAACUGCCAGCCAAAGUCAGUAGCUCAGCAACAUCCAUAGCGAGUAAGCAAUGGUCAGCCCUGCAUCACUCUUGAAUUCCUCCAGCCAUUUGUUCUUUGGUCCUGAUUCUAGAAUCUGUAGUCUCAGGUCUCUCUUUUAAUUGCCAUUUCACCUGCCCAGUUUAUGGUUAGAUGCUGCCUGAGAGCAGGCACUUUAUCUGGAGAGUCACCCUGGCAUUGCUUUGACAGUAGACAAUUGGUAAAUUUAGCAUGUGUCAGAAGCCACAUGAGUUAUCAGGCUCAAGGUGAGACUAACACAAAAUGCCUGCUUUUGCACCAGUACCUAACGCAAAAGAAAAGGACACCAAAAAAAGGUAGAAAUGCUGUGUGUUUAUAACAGCAAUAAAUGGGAAAUCCCACUGCGGAAAUAAAAAUGCAAGUGGGUUUACCUUAUUGACGGACGGUUUCUGACAUCUAACAUAUCAAGCAAAUUAAGCAGACCUAUGCCGAGAAAUAUCCUAGCCCUUGCCUUUGCAGUAUAAUCCACAUUUCUCAAGUCAAGAGUAGCAACCAAAUUGUUAGAAUAUAUUUGUCAAACAAUUAUCAGUUAUACACUAAAUAGGUUUAAUGUGGAUUAAAAUUUAACACCACUGAAAUUAUAAUCUGGGAUUGAGGUUACAAUUUAUAAUUGUUUUGCAUUGUAGAGAUGCCAGAUGACUUGUGAAAUGUUAAAUGCGCACAUAAAGGACUGAAUAAUACCUCGAACACCAUAUUUCUUCCAAGUGGGAUAAAUUCUAUAUUUAAAUAAAAUUGAUAAUAUGUAAUUCACAUUUAAAACUGAAAUAUCAAGAAAAUAGUACUUGAGAAGGUCUGGAUUUUUCCCAGCAGCUAAAACAUUUAAAUUGGUGUUGCCACACUUUCCAGCCCAGUAAACUUUGGAUACUUGCUGCUCGAAGUGUAGGUUCUUGGUCAUCCCUACAUUUAAUCACACCUCAGGGGCAACUAUGCCUUCAAUCAUCAGGGGAGGAAUUCUUUCCAUAACCCCUCUACCUCUUGCUGGCUUGAAGAUACUUCUCCUUAAGCAAGCUAUUUGUCUUUUGUAUUGUUAUUACAUUUGGCUCUGCGUCAAUUUUAUUGUAACAGUAGGCCAAUUAAGCACCUUAAGACAUUUUACUACAUUGUAGGUGCUAUCCACAUGGCAGUUUUUGCUGAUGUAAAUGUUUUAUGGUGCAAGACAAUUCCCUCACUUCAUACCUGUCACCCAAAAAAAAAAACAUGCGCAAUGAUACAAGUACUUAAAUUUACCUUCGAACCUUAAAGGUAUAGAUGAGAGUGAAAAAUCAUGCACCAGUGCCUUAGGAAUUUAUUUAAUAUUGAUGCUGAACGUUGAAAGUAAAAUGAGUGGAAUGAUCAGCAUUUCAGAAGCUGCAUAUUUCCUUUUUGUUGAAAGUAUUUUAGUAGAAUUUUAGCUAUUUCAAAACUGCUAACUGAAAGAAACAUCGUUAUCCAGCACAAGAACAUCUUCAUUUUGCUGUGGUAGGGAAGGAUAAACAUUUGUAAGAUUUGAGAUAUUGAACUUUGCUAUAAAUCACUUUUUGUACAAAUGUAUUCCUGUAAACACAAUGUAUAAUUUCUUGUACAAAACAAUAAAAUAAAAUUGUGGCAUGUU